AUGCGUGAGUAUAAGCUAGUUGUUCUUGGCUCAGGAGGAGCUGGAAAAUCUGCUCUGGAACAGUUUACAGCAAUGAGGGAUUUGUACAUGAAAAACGGACAAGGCUUUGCAUUAGUUUAUCCCAUCACAGCGCAGUCCACAUUUAAUGAUUUACAAGAUCUGAGAGAACAGAUUCUUCGAGUUAAAGACACUGAUGAUGCUCCGAUGAUUCUGGUUGGUAAUAAGUGUGACUUGGAAGAUGAAAGAGUUGUAGGAAAGGAACAAGGUCAAAAUUUAGCAAGACAAUGGAACAACUGUGCAUUCUUAGAAUCCUCUGUAAAAUCAAAAAUAAAUGUUAAUGAGAUCUUUUAUGACCUAGUGUGGCCAAUUAACAGAAAAACUCCAGUGCCUGGGAAGGCCCGCAAAAAGUCAUCAUGUCAGCUGCUUUAAUAUACUAAAUGCAUUGUAGCUCUGAGCCAGGUCUGAAGAACUGUUGCCCAAUUCAACAGUGCCAGCAUUCCAACUUUGUUAAACCUACCAACAUCUUAAAUGGACUUUCUGUGGUGGUACC